UAUUUAUGACAUUGGCAAUAUUUCUUUGGAUCGUCAUAACAAAAUUGAUGCCAAAAUUUUGCUCGGCUAUAUUCCCAGUCUUGAUUAUUGUAGUACAUCUAAAAAAAAAACAGCACAAUUUAGGUUAGCAGCCCAAAAACUUUUUCAUAAAGCACUUGCAACAAUACUUAGACCGUUAAGGUCUUUAAGUAAUAAUGGCAUUCAUUUAUAUGUUAAUGAUUGUGAUGCGAUGAAUAAUGUUCAUCUUGAAAAAGAAAACAUAAACAUCCGCAAUGAGAAUACAACUAAGGAUUUUUUGCAGUGGAGUAAGGGUAAUGGUAAGCAAAUAUCAUUACAUCAUAUUAAGAAUGCUUUGUGGAAGCAUCC